AUGUAUGCUUGGAAUUACCCAAAUGAGACUGACUUCAUCCUCAUGGGACUGACAGAUUCCAAGGAGAUGGAGCUACCCCUUGCUGUGCUGUUUCUCCUGAUAUACCUGGUCACUGUGCUGGGGAACAUAGGCAUGAUGCUGAUCAUUCGCCUCGAUGCCCAGCUUCACACACCAAUGUAUUUCUUCCUGAGCCACCUGUCAUUCCUUGACCUCAGUUAUUCAACUGCCAUCACACCUAAAACUUUAGAGAACCUGCUGACUUCCACCAAGAUUAUUUCCUUGGCUAGCUGCCUUACUCAGAUGUAUGUUUUUGUCCUCUUAGCUGCUGCUGAGUGUUUCCUUCUUGCGUCAAUGGCCUAUGAUAGGUAUGUAGCUAUCUGCAACCCUCUACAAUACCCAGUUGUCAUGUCCACAAGAGUCUGCAGUGCCCUUGUUACUGCCUCGUAUAUGAUUGGAACUAUAGACUCCACUGUUAAUAUGCUUUUUAUGAGCACCAUCCACUUCUGCAGAUCCAAAGUAAUCCGUCACUUUUUUUGUGACACAUCCCCAAUUUUAGCAAUGUCUUGCAAUGACACACAUAACAUUGAACUUAUGAUAGUCAUCUUUUCUAGCUUCACCUUAAUGGUGUCUCUUAUUACAAUAUCUGCAUCUUAUGUGUCCAUUCUCUGUACUAUUUUGAAGAUCAAUUCCACUUCAGGAAAGCAUAAAGCCUUCUCCACCUGUGCCUCUCAUCUCCUGGGAGUCACUAUCUUUUAUGGGACUUUAAUCUUUACUUAUAUGAAACCAAGUAAGUCCUACUCCCUGGGAAAGGAUCAAGUAGCUUCUGUGUUUUACACCAUUGUGAUCCCUAUGCUGAACCCACUCAUUUAUAGUCUCAGAAACAAAGAAGUGAAAAAUGCUGUCAUUAGAGUUAUCAAGAAGAGGGAAAACUCAAGGCAGAUAAUUUCACACUGGCGCUAA